GGGCAUACAGAUUCAAGAACACGAUCUGAAUCACGGGCGAGAAGAUGUCGGAAUCAAUGGAAGGAUCAGAUCAAAAGCCAGCUCGAACCGUGAAAAACUGGUGGGAAAAAGAGGCCGCCAGUCGCAGCGGAUUCAUGUCCUCAAGUCAAGCCAUGAGCGACUCAUUAGAGUCCCGAAACAUUGGGCAAAAGGAGCCACACCUAAGACGGUCUGGAGUUCCCCGUAGCUAUUUUCCUGUUUAUGACCAAAAAUUUCUAUCUUUUUCCCUCCUUGUUAGGAAUAUAGGUUGUCCAGAUCAACCUCGAGAUAUAUCGAGAAGGAUGAUUCCCGUGUCAAACACGCUUAAUGAUAUCCAGAGAAGGCUCCAGUCUCUAUCAGUGCAUUCUUGUUAUAAUCUAUUUCUGAGAUGUGUAUGUGUCAUUUCUUGUGGUGGCAACUGGGCAGACGCAGAAGAGACAGUUUUCCUUAAUGAAAUCGUAAAUGAGCUGCAGAAGCGAGCCAUCCUUACUUUAAGAUAUGAUCUAGUUACUGACACAAAGACGAGGAUUCGAGACCUAAAUACCUUGAAUGGUGUUUUUAUUCUGUUAUUUUCAAAAACAUACGCUUCAGCUGAAAGCAUGGAUAAACUCGUGACGCUCAUGGAAUACCAGAAAGAAAAUGGUGUCCUAAUUAUUCCCAUUUUUUUUAAAGUGACACCUUCACAACUUGAUAACUCAGUCCAGGCAAGGAGAGUUCAGAAAUGGAGGGAAAUAAUUAAUGAAUUAGCUCACAAUGAUGACUGUAAAUGGAUAGCGGGGAAUGAUUCUAUACUUCCCGAGGAGAUUGUUAGAUAUGCGUGCUUGAGAUUGUUUUCUGUCUCUUCCCAGAACGUGACUAGAAUGUACUCGUUGCUUAACAGCUUGAAACCCUCAGACAUGCAAAUGAUUGGGAUUUGGGGCAUGCCUGGCAUAGGUAAGACAACUGUUGCUAGAGAAGUUUUCAAAAGACUGGCUCCAGGUUAUAAUUCAUGCUACUUUCUACAAGACUUUCAUCUAAUGUAUCAAACAAAGGGGUUGAGUCACUUGCGGGAUGAUUUAUUCUCUAAACUAUUUGGGGAAGAAAAACUUGUUAUAGAUGCUUGUGAUACAAAACCAAGUUUCAUGAAGGAUAGGUUCCAGGGUAAGACGGUUCUUGUUGUUAUUGAUGAUGUGAGUAAUGCUAGAGAUUUAGAAGCUUUAGUUGGCGGAUAUGAUUGGUUUUCUCGUGGACAUUUAAUCAUCUUAACCUCUAGGAACAGACAAGUUCUUGUACAGUGUAAAGUCAACGAGUUAUAUGAGAUGCAGAAAUUAUCCGAAUAUGAAUCUUCUGAAACUUUUUCUCUGUCUCUCCCUGGACGAUAUGACUCCAUGCUGAAUUCAGAGUUGGUGAGGUACGCCAGUGGCAUUCCAUUGGUUCUCGGAGUUUUAGGUUCGUUUGCAACAAACCAGUGUACAUUCAGUGAAAAAGAACAACUGCAAAUGUUGCGCCAAAAUCCUCCAACCGAGAUUCUGGAGGCAUUCCGAAGAAGUUUUGACGGUCUGAAUGACAACGAGAAGAAUAUAUUUUUGGACCUUGCUUGUUUUUUCAGAGGGGAGAACAGAAAUCAUGUGAUUCAAAUACUUGAUGGCUGUGGUUACUUUACAGAUUUAGGAAUUUAUGGUCUCAUCGAUGAGUCCCUCAUUGACCCUUUAGAGAACAAGAUAGAAAUGUCUAACGUGUUCCAAGAUAUGGGUCGGUUUGUUGUUUGUGAAGAAAGCAAAGAGCCAGGAAAGCGUAGCAGAUUGUGGGAUGCUAAUGAAAUCGCUAACGUAUUGACAAGCAAUUCUGGAACUGAAGCAGUGGAGGGCAUAUUUCUGGACAUGUCUGACUUGACAUGUGAGUUAAGUCCCACUAUAUUUGAGAGGACCUAUAGACUUAGAUUGCUAAAGCUCCACUAUGCAACUUCUGAAAACCGUGGCACCAUUUGUCUGCCUAGAGGCCUAUACUCUUUGCCUGAUGAGCUACGGCUACUCCACUGGGAAAGUUACCCUCUGAGAUCCUUGCCGCGAAGCUUUAAUCCUAAAAACCUUGUGGAACUGAAUAUGCCUAAUAGUAAGAUGGAGAAGUUAUGGAAAAGGACUAAGAAACUGCCACAAGGUAUGAGUAACUUAAAAGCCAUGGUCACGCUUAAGCUUUCCGGGUGCUCAAAUCUGAAGAGCCUUCCAAAUCUUGAUGCCAUAUUUCUGAGAGGGACGCAACAUCUUAAUACAGAGAUAACAAUGGAAGUACCUAAGUCCUUGGUACAUCAUUCUUCUAUUCAUCAGUCAAGGUUGGAUCACUGUGAAACCCUUGAUAAGUUGAUUCCUGAUUUGUGUUUGAAAAACGCUGCCAUACAAAAAUCUUUAGCAGCAUCUGUAUAUCGACAAAUUGCCGGGAUACGGCAAGAAAACUGGCAAUGGUCCACUAUUAAACUGCAGCCCUUGUCAAUUUUUCACUUUUUGGCAUCAAGAUUGUACGCUCUAGUAUCUUUGUGCCUUUCUAACGCAUGCUUGGUGGAUUUACCAAAAGAGAUAUGUGGGCUUCCGUCAGUAAACAUACUGGAUCUUGGCGGAAACGGUUUCAGCAAAAUUCCUGAAAGCAUCAAGCUCCUCCCUAAACUACACAGCCUUAGAUUGCGCCAUUGCAAAAACCUCAAAUCCCUCCCAGAGCUUCCCCAAAGUCUAGUACUUUUGAAUGUGCACGGUUGCGUGUCUAUGAAGUCAGUUCCUUGGAGUUUCGAACGGCUUCAGUGCACAUUUAGUAAUUGCUUUAAUCUGUCUCCAGAAGUCUUCAGAAGAUUUUUAGCAAAAGCUCUGGGUAUUGUUAAAAAUAUGAACAGAGAGCAACACCAGAAACUCAUCACAGUAUCUGCAUUCAGCAUCUGUGCGCCUGCAUCUGUGGGUCUGAAAUCAUCAACUGAUGUGCUUGCAUCUGAAGGACUGAAAUCCUCUAUGCAAAAAGGUUCUUUUGUUGUGAUACAUCUAACUUCUUCCCUGAGAAAGACUUUCUUAGGCUUUGUUAUGUCAGUGGUAGUUUCAUUUCGCGAUAAUUACUACAAUGCUGCUGGUUUUAGCAUAAGGUGCACAUGCAUAAGGAAAAUGAAGAAUGGUCUCUCUCAUAGCCUAGAGAAAGUUUUUCAGUUUUGGGCUCCUAUGGAAGCUUCAAGGAUUAAAAAGGAUCACAUCUUUGUCUUCUAUGAUGCGAAAAUUCCUUCUGAUGCCAGGGAAGGGAAUAACCUUUACAUUUUUGAUGAACUAGUUGAAUUUGAAUUCCGUCCUGUCAAUAACCAGAACGAGGUUUUAGCUGAUAGUUGUGAAGUAAAGAAUUGUGGAGUCUAUGUGGUUACUGAUGCAAGCGGUGAUACAAGUCUAGUGAAGAAAAGAUUUUCUCCUACUAAAAGAGAGAGAAUUGGAAAGAGGCCACUUGCUUCAGCUAUGGAUCCAAGAGUUUUUUCUUCACAUCGGGAACCACUGCCGCGAUUUAAGAGAGAGUUGCCACCAAAUCUUCCCUACUUAGAUGCACAUGGUUGUAGCUCACUGAAGACAGUUGCAAAACCGCUGGCCCGUAUCAUGCCGACCGUGCAGAGCCAUUGCACUUUUAAUUUCACCAAUUGUGAUAACCUGGAGCAAGCUGCAAUGGAUGAAAUCACAUCGUUUGCUCAAAGUAAAUGCCAGUUUCUAUCAGAUGCUCGUAAACACUACAAUGAGGGUCUUAGUUCAGAGGCUUUGUUCACCACUCGCUUUCCUGGAUGUGAGGUGCCUUCGUGGUUUUGUCAUGAAGAAAGAGGAUCUCUGUUGCAACGAAAACUCCUCCCACAUUGGCAUGACAAGAGCCUUUCUUGGAUAGCUCUAUGUGCUGUAGUCUCAUUUUCUGCUGGCCAAAAUCAAAUCAGCAGGUUCUCGGUGGCAUGCACCUUUACGAUAAAAGUUCAAGAAAAGUCUUGGAUCCCCUUUACUUGCCAGGUAGGAAGUUGGGAGGGAGACAAGAAAGACAAGAUUGAGUCAGAUCAUGUUUUUAUAGCCUACAUUACUUGCCCACAUACGAUAAGGUGUCUCGAAGAUGAGAACUCUGAUAAAUGCAAUUUUACUGAAGCCUCUCUUGAGUUUAAUGUGACUGGUGGUACAAGUGAGAUAGGAAAAUUCACGGUGUUGAGGUGCGGUUUAAGUUUGGUGUAUGCAAAAGAUAACAACAAAAACAGUUCUCAUGAAGCAAAGUAUGAUAUGCCUGUUGAAAGAGAUACAUAUGUCAUUGGUGGAGCAUAUCUUUCUGGAGCAGUUGGUGUUCUUUUUGCUAUGUAAUGCUAAAGCAUCUGCUUCAGCCAAAAGACCCUUUUUGUUGUUUCUGGUUCAAGUUAAUUUCAUGGUCUUGUUUGGUUAUCAGUUCUUUGUAAGACUCUUUUUUACGGUUGAAUAAAUAAAUAUUUUUUCA